GAUUUCCUUCCAGGCGGGAAAUAGCGGAGCGUCGACGUUAGGAACAUGUGGCUGGAAAUGUUCAUCAGUUUAGCCUGGAUCAGUGAGGGAUGGAUUUUAAUCCAUAACAUAUCCCUCGUUACAUCUGUUAUGGCUUUGGUUAGCACAUUGACAUCAUUUGUUGCAUGCUGUUUCAUAAUCUUCUUCGCCCUGAAGUUUUACAAAGUUCACAAGCAACACAUGGAGCUCACUGCUGUUUUUAUGCUUUUCCAAAUGCUCUCUUUUUCCUUUCUGUUGAUUGCAGCUGUGUUCUGUAUCAUUGAUUCGGUUUAUCCCAAAUCAUACAGAAUUAUUGAAGGUGUUGGAUUUUUCCUCAUCUCAGGAACAAUCGUUUAUAUUGUCUACUUGUAUCUGCAACCUGAAAAUCUAUUGAAACGUUCCUUUUUGGUAAAAAAGGAUCAUCAGCGCGUUUUUUGGAUAUAUGGAAUCUUCUCUGUGCUUAUUUCAGCCCUACCAAUUUACAGAGGAAAAGAAAACAUUACGGAAUGCCAGGUGCCUCUGAGCCAUGUUUCAGGAACUAUUGCAGUCGCAGUGCUAGUUUACUUGUUUAUAGUUGGGCUAUUAUUUAUCAUCUUCUUGAAAUAUAUGUUGUCAUGGCCAAAAUUGCGAAGACUAAGCACUCAUUCAAGAAGAGUUCCUGCAUUUUAAGCACUAAAAUGUUACUAGUUGACCUAUGGAAAUUGGAAACCAGUUCCAGGAAAAUCUCCACUAAAAGAGUAAUCGACACGAAGCUGUUAGUCAACUUAAAUAAACAAAUGAAAAUGAG